ACUAUUUCAAGAGAGAACUGUUAAUCUUUAAUUUAUACAUUUACCUUUUUUUUGUAAUACCCGCGUAAAUCCGAAGAGUUCUUUUGUUUUGUUUCAAAAAGUCAAAUACUCUAUUCAAAUUAUUAAAAAUAUUAAUAUUAUUUAAAAUACUUUUAAAAAUUGAAUGAUGAUUGAUGAAAUCCAUUAGCAAUAGCAACAGAAACCUCUUGUUUUUAAUAAUUCAAUUAAAUGACAAUAACAAAUUUGCACUUUUUGUUUGCUUAAAUAUUAAAAUUAGAAAAGAUUCCUACAAGUUCUAUCAUAUAUUCGUAAAUAUAUAUUAACAUUGCUUUCGAAACGUAAUUGUACUAUUUAAUGCUGUAUAUGGAAUGAUCGAUGUAUCAUAUUAAACAAGAUGUCUGGAAAGCAGCGUGGUCUAUUCCGAAUGAUAUUUAGAGAUUUUUUAGCAUCAAUUAGACCUACCAUUAAUAGACCAAAGUUGAUGGGAGAAGAUUAUUUUGGAACUAAAUAUUAUGAAGUAUCAAUAAAUCCCACAUCUAAAAAAAAAAGACCUUCUCGAUAUUUUGAAGCUAUAAACGAUGAUUUUGAACAAGAAAUACCUGCAGAGUGGGAAGCUUGGUUGAGACACCGUAGGAAGGAACCACCAACUUUUACAGAAAUUGAGACAAAUUAUAAAAUUCAAGUAACUAAAAAAUUGAAUGCAGCUGAAAAAUUAGAAGCUUCUAAAAAGGAAAUAGAAGCUUUGAAGAAAACUGAUAUACCUGUUGAAAAACAUGGAUAUGAAAGCUUUCCUACCUAUGAGGAAUACAGUACUACAAAUAAAUUAGCUGAAUUAAAAUCUAAGUUAAAACCAAAAUAGCUUGUUGUUAAUAAUAAAUGUAUGUAGGUAAAUAAAAAAUAAAAAAAGAAUA